AUGGCGGCGGCGGCGGAGGAGCAGGAGCCGCGCGGCGCCGGCCUGGAGGCCGCGGUGCGGAGCGGGCUGCGCCUCCUCCGGGAGCGCUGGAUGCGGGGCACCGCGCCCGCCCCGCCGGCGGCGGCCCCGGACGGCGCGGGGGGAGAGAGCGCCCUGCAGAAGCUGCCGAUCGACUUGCAGCUGAACAUCAUGUCCUUCCUCUCGCCCCAAGAUUUGUGCCGUUUGGGAAGCACGAGUUGUUACUGGAGGGCAGCUGUGCAAGACCCGUUGUUAUGGAGGUAUUUUGUCCUGCGGGAUCUUCCCACUUGGACAUCUAUUGAUUGGAAAUCACUUCCAGAUGAGGAGAUUUUUAAUAAAGCCUUUUCAGAGGUCAGCGACAAUGAACUGUAUGAUUACAUGGCAGUAUAUAAAAGGAGCUGUCCUGAGGGUAGAAGAAGUUUGAAAUCGAUCCGUCCCCGGUAUGGGACUGUGACUUCCUUUUUGCAAUCACUGGUCACUCAGGCAGAACCUCGCUUUGCUAUGUUUGGGCCAGGUUUGGAAGAGCUGGACAACUCUUUAGUACAAAAGAUGAUGACAUGCCCAGAAAUUCUGCUGGUUGCUGGCCUACCUCAGAGACAAAUUCACGGAAUUGGAUCAGGAGUCAGUUUUCAGUUUAACAACAAUAAAAAAUUCAAUAUUGUGACAUUGUAUUCCACCACGAGUGUGGAAAGGAGGAGGGCAAGGGAGGAGCAAGCUGUUGCUGUGAAUAAGAUGUUUUACCAAGAGAACAGCACAGCAGGGAACCAGCAAGCCAUGCACUACAGUGUAAUAGCUCAAGUGAGGAAGGUGUGUGAAGUAGUUGAUGGAUUCAUUUAUGUUGCUAAUGCAGAAGCUCAUAGAGCACAUGAUCGUCAGGAGGAGCUGGCUCGCAUUUCGGCAAUGAUCGAUCCAGCCCUCGGGCCUCCGAACAGACCUCUGCUGGUUUUGUCCUGUGUGUCUGACAUCAGUGUGGAAAGAAUUCCCUGUGUUUACGUGGCACAUCAGUUGCAACUUAAUCUGCUGCAUCAGCCCUGGAUGAUGCAGGACACUGUAGCUGCAACUUUAGAUGGACUGCUAAAUGGAAUUGAGUGGCUCUUAGAAGAAGCAAAUUGUAAAAGUGCCCAGUAGUAAGAUUAGGCAUUGUUGCCCUGUAUAAACCUUUUGGUGUUUUCCCUUUCAGUUAAAGUAAGAUUGUCCUUCCUGCCAGAGUACUGUCAGAAGGGAAAACUAAUAAGGCAGACCUGUAUAUAUUUCACUGCACAUACUUAAAUCCUUAACAUUUUUCCAAAAUUAGAAGUACAAGUAGGAUUGCCUCGAUUCUAGAUGCAACGAAGAAGUGAUUUGAAGGGACAAUCUUGAGUGUUUUGUUGUUUUUCCUCUCCUUUCAACGAGAAGCCUUUAGAGUACAAUCUUUUCCAAUAUAUCCGGUGGUCUAAUAUCUUCUAUAAAUAAAUAUGUAACACUACAUUACUUUAUCAGCACAACCCUAUCACACAUUUAGUAAAUACAUUCAAUGGAGAUCUUUACAGUGAUACUUCCUGACCGAAGAAAACAUACUGCAGGUUGUACAGUAGGAGGUUGACAGAAAGACAGUAACUCUUGAAUUUAGAAAAGUGAGUUCCCCUGAAUUUUUCUAGAAAAAAUGCCUAGACAAAAAAUAGUGUGGGGAAUUUUCAGCCCAGACCAAAUUUCUUAGAAACAAACAAACACUGUUGCAUAUGAAUUGUUGUUUCUUUGUUGUGAUCUUACUUAAACCAACCACAAUAGACUUCAGCAUCUUUUUCUUUCUGUUGCACUGAAAACAUUACCUUGAACUGGAUAUUCCUCUGAUUCCAUGAACAAAUGUUAAACAGGAUCAUUUGGGACUUUUUUGCAUACACAGACUAUCACGUUUCCCAAAUAGUUGUGGCCAUUUGCAGAUAUGAAUUAUACCUUGAAAUUUUGUAUGCAUUUGCAAAUAGUUUUAUGAAAAGCAAAGCAACAUUUUAAAGCUGGAAAUUGUGUUUUCCAUAUAGAUGUCUUUCAGGAUAGUCAUCAUCUUCCACUUUUUCAUGUUUUUACUAUUGGGUGAAUGUUCAGAAACUUCACUUGGAUUUCUUGCUAGGGCAUUUAUUUGCUUUAUUCUGGGCUUUUUGUUUUAUUUUCUCCUAUCAUCAUGGAAAUUCAGGUGUCUCGUAGCUUUUUCUUGGAACCCUAGAUAAAUGAUUGCAUAACACACAUACAGCUGUAACUGCCCUCAGUCUGGGAUACUUGAGUGAUGAUCAACACAGCCAUGUCAGAAACAUUUCAUUUGAGAAGAUGUUUGGGAAUUUUUAAUGAAAGUAGAAAGUAUCUCCUUUUUUUUCAUCUUUAUACACAAUUAAUCCAUUUUCCCAGUUUUUUUGAUGUCUCCUAAUCAGGGACACGUGUGAGGUUAAGGAGAAAAUCCAAAGGAACAUUACAAUGAAAAUUCUGUGGUUUAUACUUUUUUUUUUUAAUAGUGUAUGUGUUUUGCCCUUUAAAACAGAGCAGACCCAACAGAUUUAAGUGUUUGGAGUAAAAUUCCAUGCUUUGUGACUGGGUGUAUUUUCCUCCUAAUCACAUUGAUUUCAUAGUGGUCUGUUUGUAUGGGAUUGAAUGCAGCAACCUGAUGCUGUGUUUGCAACUACAAAUAUGCAGGGUUUAUGGAAGAUCCUCUUUCUACUUUCUUCAUCAGGAAUAAAUACUUUUUUAAAGAAUGAUUUAGAGUCUUCCUAUGUGUGUUAAGCCCCUUACAGGUGUGUCAUCUAUAGUUAUUAAUGAACAAGGUUAUUGUAUGUUACCAGUUUAAUUAAGAUAACUGUCAUUUCAAAGGGUUAGGAUAAUGUAGAGUAUGUAGUUUUUCUGAAAGAACAUCUGUUAGAUUAACUUAAAGCUAGAAUACCUAUCAGAAUUACAGGUUUUAAGGGUGCAGUCUAGAAAACACAUAGUGGGCACGGGAAGUCCGUGCAGUCACAGAGCUCCAUGAUUAAAUGCUGUGGUGGAUCAGCACAGGCAAGGAAGAUAAGCAUGGACACUGUCCAGAGGAGCAGCUGAGGUGCACAGAGAUAUGCUAUGGAAGAGGCAACCAGCUUGUUGAGCAUAUACAGCAAAUAGUUGAAGCGAUGCACUGCCUUUUACAUUUGACAAUUCCUCCUAUUUCAGUUCCUGAGUCUGCUGAAUUUAGAAGCAUAGAAAUCAUUUAAGCUUGGGACUGUCAUUUUUAGAAAGUCAAAAAUAGUUGGAUAUGGAAUAUUAGAACAUGACUUAAGUGUAUCUUAAAACUUUGUAAUGUAAAAAGAAAAUACUUCAAAAAAAAAUCUGAUUGGUUUUGUAUUUAUCAGAGUAGAUGCAACUGUGAUGGGUUUGUGAAAAAUCAAACCAGGAUCUGGAUCCCAGGAAUCUUGCUUUCCCUAGGGAUGAAGGAUUUGUACCCACUGAGGCAGGAUGUUUAUCUAAGCAGUGGUCACAAAAUAAGAGAUUAAAAUGACAAUAUAUAUGAUUUAUAAGAAAACUCAGUUAUUGAGACUUCACCUGAGCUGCAUUCAAAAAAAGAAAGUGGCCAUGGGGAUGCUAAUUUUCAAAUCUUUGAAAAUUUAAAUAACAAAAAUGCCUGCUGCCAGCCCCAGAGCAGUGCCUGGUGGCACCUGUCAGGCUCUCAGACAGAGGCAGCACACUGUUACUGGUGAGAUGUCUUGCACGUUAUGAUGAUGAUGGACCAGCCCUGGAUCUAAGCACGAGUGUCAGGACCCUUCCAGCUGCAGCUUCAGAAGGAGCUGUGGCUCUCUGUGUGUCCUGCAGGAUGGCAUUGCUGAUCUGCAUCAGCACUGAUGCUGUCCAGGCACAUCCCUACACCCUUUGCCAAAAUUGCUCCAAGUAAUCAAUUGCACUCGCUGCUCAGAAAUGGAGGAAGUGGGUGCAGUUAUAGAAAAACCUUUGGGAAAAUCGAAAUGCUUUUCAAAGGCUCGUAGACGGGGAAUAUGCUGCCUUUUAAGCUGGUGGGUAUUGUCAAUAUCACUUUGUAUGGCAGCAUGACUAUCACAGCUGAAAAGAAUAGAUGUAGUUGCUGUCAGAAGACGUAUGGAAAUAAUCAUUGGCAUUAUUGCAAAGUGAUUGGUGUCUGUGAUUUAUUGUGUUUAUCACACCACUCUAGCACUAGUGGUUCUGGAUAAAUUCCUUGUCUCAAAUACAGGAGUAGAGCAAUAACAUUCUUUGUUCAGUUACAGAAUGUGAUAUAGCUAGAGCCUAUACUUAAACCUCAGAGGAUGUCUGAACAAAGGCUGCCCUCAGUUGUCUUAGGAGGAUGAAACUGCAAUCAAGAAUGUAGGUAGUAGGCAUAGAGCAGAGACCUGGCAAACAAGAAAACAUGAUGGGUCUGGAUAAGGGGAAUGUAGUGAAACCCUCAGCUUUAGCCAGGAUCCCGUGGAGAAUCUAAAUAGUAGAAAUGCUGACACAGCAGCAAAGAAGCUUCCUGACUCCAGGGACAUCUGCCCUGUAACCUAUCCCUAUAGCCAUGUAAGGCAAUAUCUUGUUAACCCUACUAUUGGUCACUUAUGGUCCUUCUAACCUUUUGCCAUUGGUCAGGAUUGGAACCGGGCCAAGGAUAUAAAAGCAGCAUACUGUACCCCUACUAACU